AUGGCGACUAGAAGUGCUAAUAAAUUACCACGUCUUGGAAGAGCAGCCAUCAAAAGGUCAUUCCAGCAUUUAAAUAGCGAUAAAGUACUACUGAAUGAGAAUGUCCAACAAAUGAAAAUAGUAGCAGGACGGAAUAGUCGAGGAUCAUUUGGAGCUAGGCAAGUAUUCUUCAUGUAUUUUUACUAUGACAAAGUUCCUCAGCUAAAAUUUCAUAAUCCUAGCGUUCUAUUCUCUAAAAGUAAAGGCGAUGUAUCCGCUAUCGUUGUUGAACUAAAUGAUGGUAAUAUGAAAACACUGAAUAUCCAAGGCAAGGAUCCAGAGGAAAUUUUGCAGUGUGUUAAGGACAAAUUUGCCUUCACUGACACGAGUUAUUUUAGCUAUCCUAUUGUGACGAGUUAA